UAAAAUCUCGUUCACUGGAUCAACAGAGGUCGGCCAUUUGAUCAUGCAAGCAGCUGGCAUGUCUAACCUGAAGGGAGUUGCCUUGGAAUGUGGGGGGAAGAGUCCCAAUAUUGUCUUUGCUGACUGUGACUUGGAUUAUGCGGUGGAGGAGAGUCACACUGCCCAGUUCUACAACAUGGGACAGGUGUGCUGUGCUGGCUCCAGAACGUACGUACAAGAAGGUAUUUACGAUGAGUUUGUCAAGAAAAGUGUGGACAGAGCAAAAAGCAGGAAAAUUGGUAAUCCAUUUGAUUUGGACACAGAAUCUGGACCACAGAUAGAUGAAGAGCAGUACAAGAAGAUCCUUGCUCUCAUUGAGAGUGGAAAGACAGAUGGUGCUAAACUUGAGUGUGGUGGUGGAGUACAUGAUGACAAAGGUUACUUCAUCCAGAAUACUGUAUUUUCUAAUGUCAGUGAUGACAUGAGAAUAGCAAAGGAAGAGAUAUUCGGGCCAGUGCAGCAGAUCAUAAAGUUCAAGGAUAUAAAUGAAGUUAUCAAAAGAGCUAACAAGACAACGUAUGGGUUAGCAUCUGGAGUGUUUACCAAGGAUAUUGACAAGGCACUUACAAUAGCAAACGCCAUGCAGGCGGGAACUGUCUGGAUAAACACCUACAUGAAUGGAGGUGGGCCUCACGCUCCUUUUGGUGGUUUUAAGAUGUCUGGCGUCGGUCGAGAGCAAGGGAGCUAUGGUAUUGAGGAGUAUAUACAGGUCAAAACCGUGAUUGCAAAGAUUCCUCAGAAGAACUCAUAGGAAGUUAAGAGAAGACACUAACAGAAGAACUCAUAUGAAGUUAAGAGAAGACACUAACAGAAAAAUAUAGCAUUAGAGACAAAUUCAUUCUGUAUAACGUUGGAAUAUAUGGCUGCAUAUGGAAAUACCAAAAGUAUAUAAGGGGUUACAUUUUGCACAAUGAGGAAUAUACAUGGAAAUGCCUAUAUUAGGCGCAGGAAGAACAGUAUUCAUGCAGACAGUACCCAGAAAACUGCCAAUCCAAGUCAUUUUAAACUUACAACUUUGACUAUUCAAUGUUUAUGCCUGUUACUUUAUAAUAUACAGUAUGGUACUGAUCAAUGUGGUGCUGUGAUCAAUGUGGUGCUGUGGUCAGUGUGGUGCUGUGAUCAGUGUGGUACUGAGAUCAAUGUGGUACUGAAAGGGUCCUAUGAUCAACGAAGUGGGGAUUGUCAUGUACCACUUGGUAGAUAAGAAAAUAGUGGCUGCUCUCGAUGAUUGUUCUCUGUGAUGCUUGAACUUUAUUUGUUGUGUUUAUUACAUAAAUUUCAUUUUGUAAAGGUGAGAUGCUAGCUAGUACACUUGUUAUGCUUAGUAAAAGCCUUAUAAUUAUGUAGCACUUUUAUUCUUCUGACGGGCGUUGUAUAUUCAUACCAGCUUUAAAAUUGAGUUUUGCAAUGUUAUCCACGUUCUAUCUGAAGUUGUUUUAUGAAACUUUAUAGAAAUAACACUGAUCUGAUGAUAGUGAUGUAUAAAACUGACCUGAAUAAAGUAUACUUUGCUAAAAACAUACUCGUGUCAUUUAAAUUACGAUAAUAUUAAUAGUCAGCGUUUUUGACAUGUUUUGUGAACUAGUCGUGGGGAGUACAUUAGUUGUGGAAAAUAUGUAUAUUUCGUGCUGUGCCUGUGAUCAAAACAUAAAUUACACUGCUUUCAAAAAGUAAUGGUGAUUUUUACAAAACUGGGAUAUGUUUAUGUAC